AUGAAGAAUAGGUCAAAAAGAAAUAUAGAAAAAGAUGAAUUGAGUAGUAAUAGAGAUUUAAAUAUCGAAUAAAAUGAGCAGCAGCUCGAUUUGGAAGAGCAAGAAAAGAAAAUUAAUGCACUAACAAGCCUGCUUUCAAAUAAAGAGCUAGAAAAAGAAUAAAAUAACUUCUUUGACAUUAAAAGUAGUUCUUCAUUACCAAAAGAAACUUUACUAUCCAUUCCAACUCAAAAUAACAUAAAUAAUCAAGAAAAAAAUAAUGAAAAAAAUUCUGAAUUAAAUAAUUUAGCUAACAAAUAAAAUAUUUAAAGCUAAACAAACAGAAGAGUCUCAUUUAAGGUGGCUCAAAAUACUGAUUCUAAAUAAUCUAGCAACAACAACUAUAAUAAUCUAGCUAUAAGAGUGUCGCAAAAUAUUUUAUUAAGUGAUGAAGACCUUAAUCACAUAGAAAAAUUAUCAUCUAAAUAAAUAGCUUCAUAUCAGCAGCUAUCUAAAUCUCAUUUAGAAGAAGAUCCAUUGAAAGUAUAAGCUAACUCAGAAAAAUUAAAAUAAUUGUUAAGCUAACCUUCUGAAUUAAGGUCAGAUGAAACUUGUAAAAAGAUUGCAAAAGAAAUUUAAAAAAUACCAUUUUUAAAGAAAUACAAAGAUAUUCCUGAAUUUAUAGAUAUUUGCAGAAACCUCUAUAUAAAAUAGUAUGAGAAAAAAUAGUUUGUUUUUAAGUAGGGAGAAUAUGGUGAUGCAUUUUAUAUUAUACUCUAUGGAAGUGUAACUAUCUAUAUUGAUGAACCAACUGAGUAUAAAAGUUUUAUGCAACUUAAAGAAGUAGCUAAACUUGAGUAAGGAGACACAUUUGGUGAAAUUGCUUUGAUAUACGAUUCAUAAAGAACUGCUACAGUCAUAGCUAAUGAAAAAACGUAUUUAGUUGUGUUAGAAAAGAAUAUUUUUUAAUCAUAUAUAAAAGAAAUAAAAAAUUAGCAUCUAAGCAAUUAAAUUGAUUUUUUAUAGUAAAUUGACUUUUUUAAGAAUCUCAAGCAAUCAAUACUAAUUGAGCUUACCACUAAAUUGUAAAGUCGAGAUUAUACUUCUCAUGAAAUAAUUGCUCAUGAAGGAGAGUAGCUAAGCUAAAUUAUUUUCGUUAAGUCAGGAAGAGUUAAAGUGUAUCGAUCUAUCAACUUUAGAGUUAACAGAUACUCUGGCUAGAGGAUAAAGGGAGAUUUCAAAGAUCCUUCUACUGAAGAAAUUGAAAAGAAAUAAUACAUGAAUGAUAUGAUAGAAAUAGAUGAAUUAAGCGAUUAUUCAGUUGUAGGUGACUACUCUCUGCUAUAUAACAAACCACUUGAUUACACAAUUAUAACAGUAAUACCAACUGAGGUUUAUUACAUUAGUUCUUAUGAUAUUAUAAAAAUUAUACCUCCUGAGUUCUUAGAGAAACACAGAAAAAACUUAAAAAAAUAUCCUAAUAACGUAGAAAUAAGAAAAAUGUAUUGGGAAAAAAGAGAAUGGGAGUCAUUUUAAUAAAAAGUUAUAUCAAAUAUUUUAAUUGAAAAGGAAAAUAGAAAAGGGUUUGAAAAAUCUCUUAAGAAGCCAACCCAAAAAUUCUAAUCAAUAAAUAUUCCAAUAAAUGUAAUGGACAUUUAAGCCUCUGAUAAUACUGUAUAUUUAGAAUUUUUGAGUAAUAAGGUUCCUAGAGGCUUGUAAACUAAAAAAGUAAUAAAUGGAUUAAAACCUAUUUAAAACUCAAUAUCUUUACCAAACAGCUCUACAGCUUCUUAAUUAUGGGAAAGACUUAAAGAAGAAGAUGGAAUAGAACCUCCAGCUUCACCAUUAAAAAGUCCCUAAUAAAAAGAUCUCCUGAGUAAAACAAAAUAUUAAAAUAUAAGAUCUUCUUUGCCUAAUCUUAAAUCAGAAUAAACACAUCAAAAUAAAUCAAUAUUUAAAAAAUCACCAUAAACAACUCGCUAUUCAAAAUAUUAUUGA